GCCACGUGAGGGAGCGGAGAGGCCAAUCAGCUCGUCCCGCUGCUUUACGAACUUGAUUCGGGAGAGGCGGAUGGCUGCGCGUCAACGGCCUCGCCUGAGGAGAAGGAGGCGGCGGCGGCGGAGGAAAGGAAAGGAGUUGGCCGGAGGCAGGUGCAAAUACUGCCACAAAGGAUUCGACCGUAGCAUCAGCACAGGAAUUCUAAAUGGCUCGAGUUGGGAAGGAAAACUUGCAAGAAGUCUUGCCCCUUCCUGUGACCUCUGCAGGAGAAGGACGGGAGAAAAGUGCGUCGCUUGCUUCAGGUGCCCUGAGCAGCAGCAAGAUCCCAGUGCUGCGCAACAGCAGAAUCCCACGAGAGGUGAAGCAGUCUCGGCAGCAGCCACAGAAUAGCCUUCAUCAGGCAUGUCCGUCCAACGUGAGGAGGAAAGGGAUUGAGAUGAGCAAGAUGCCUCACUCUGGUUUAGUACCUGAUGCUUCUGCGGUGGAACCUGCAUCUGGGUUAAUGCCCAAGAUCCUUUCUAGAGAACCCCUGGGAGAGAUGCAUCUGAGCACAUCGGGUCACAGGAAUGAAGGUCGCGUGCCCAAUGGCAAAGAAGUGAGCACAGUUGAGUUUGUGCCAGAUGUAGCAGCUCUUGCCAGCAUCCUGUCCAACACAGGGCUGACUAACCACAUGGUAAGUGCAGCCCACAAGCCCAGCCUGGCCGGACGAGUCCCUUUAAGAGGGAAUAGAGCAUGCUCAACUAUCGUUGGGACUGGUCGAGGAUCGUUAUACACAGGGGCUCCUGCAGCGAAUCUUCCUCGCAUGUCGUACAUCUCCAGAUCAACUUCAAAAGAUGUGAAUCAGCCACAGUCCUCGAACACUCAGCAGCUUAAGAUGCGGUUGGCUACAUUUGAGAACCCUGGGCCUCGGGUGGAGGUGGUGAAGCCAAGCCGACCCACGGAGAACCCGGGAGUGGGCAAGCCCCAAGAUUCUGCCCCCAGGCCUGAGGCAGAAGGUCUGAACCUGGAGGGGGCCAUUGCAACGCAAAGAUUGAUGUCUACAGCCACGGUUACAGAGUGUCUUUCGUCCUUGAUCAGUAGUGACUCGGCUGGGAAGAAGGAAAUCACAGGGACACCAUGGAAAGAUGACGGGUUCGUGCCUGACCCGGCUGCCAAAGCUAGCAUCCUGCUGAACAUCGGCGUGAGCCAUUCGGCCCUAAGGGCGACUGCCGAUCGGAGCACUAGGGGGGAAAGUGCCUCUUUGCCAUUGCCCUGCACGAGUGUGCGCUCAACGGAAAAGUUUGGGCGUGUGUCCUGCCGCUCCACACAGCGUCUUAAAGGUCUGCAGAAAUUGGAAGCUUCUGAAGCCCAGCUAGCCAACACACCAGGCGGAAGAUGUUCAGCUGCUGACCAUACCCCCUAUGGAUUAGCUCGGAGGGUUCCCAUUGCUUCCCCGCAAUCCUCGCAUCGCAGUCCCUGGAUACGGAACCGGGCGCCUGUUUCUUCCUGCAUUAAAGCUAAGAAGGUUAAUUUGGCAAGCAAGAUCACCUCAUUGAAGGACUCUGUGGACUCCAAGGAGGAUGACACUGCUGUGGCAUGGGAAAGCAUUGCUGUGCGGCUCUUUAAGGAUGAGAUAGCAGCAUCGGCAAAGAAGGUGGCAGCUGUUCCUGUGAUCACCCCAGAAAUGGGGAAACUCCAGCGCAUCAAGCUCCUUGCUCAGCUCUUGCAACAGGAGGUGAAUGACGGCAUCGAUCACGACAUUGUCCCCUCGCUGGGGGAAUUGCACAAACUGUUGUCGGAUCACUGCUCGCCUGCCCGGGAGGCUCCCAAGCCUGGUCUCCUCACUACCCCUGUGCCGUCUCCCGGACCAGACCUGGGCAAGCUGGCGCCAGGGUCUGCUGCUAUGGCACCUGAACCUUGCACAACACAUGCCACAACCUCCAGCCAGCAACCUGUUUGCCCCAUCUCUCGGAUGCCUUCGGUCCAGCUCCGGGCAUCCAGCGGGAGUGGUACCUCCAUGCCUUUGCUCGGGCUCAUGUCGUCCUGUGGAAAUAGUGCAGUAGACCAAGUCAAGCAGCGCUUGGAUGACCUCCUUAGUGCACCUAUGCGCUUCCACGAGGCACGCCUAAAUGAUGAAUGUGCCUUCUACACCACCCGCCUCGCCUCUGUCACGCAGCCCUCGGCGCAGCGAUGCAAAGAGCCUGUGGCCAAAAUGCUGGAGGUCCAGGAUGCCAUGCACUUUAUACCUAUCUCUGCAACCCCAUCCCGACCCAUGGAAGCAGAAAGGGUUUUGCCCUCGUGAAGGUCUGGGCUAUGCUGCCUGCUUGCCAGACCCACGGAUACAGAGACAGUGUGGUGAAGUUCCUUAGAACCAGCGUACGGUGUUCUGUUGUCUUCUGAACUUUAGAUGACCCACCCCCAGCUGCUACCUUUCAAGCUCACUCCCUGACCACCGACGAAUCUUGUUGGGACUCUGAAUCUCAGUGGGGUUGCCUGGGAGGACCAGGAGCCGAAAUCUCCCCUCCUUUUCCGAGAGCGUCUAGUGCAUGGCAGAAAAGAUGGGGCUGGUGGUGCUGUGAAAGGGGAAAGCUGACCUGGAGUUCAGCUUUCACUGAACUGCAAAGCAUUGGCGCAAAAGGAAAUACGCUAAUAUGGUAUGCAAGAAACAUACCUUUUGUGGGAAGAAAGGAGAAAAAUUAAAUACGUUUCCCAAUUGCUUUAGACUGCUGUUUUUGCAAGCAAGAGCACAACUCUCCCCCAAGGGUGAGAAGGAUUAUUCCAGUGAGCAAGACUUUGUCAUGAGCUGCCUCAAUUUGUCAAUUUUCUUGGUCGGUGUUUUACGUUCUUUGUAUGUAAACGCCUGUAACAGUUUUGGGAAAUAGUUGGCAGAGAGGGGCUUUAUAUAAUUUCUGACCACAGAUGGUGGGUUAGGGUGAUGUUCGAAAGAUGGGUUUGGUGUCAAGCUCUGGCUGUGAUCGGGUUAGUGACAUCUUCCAGUGUCCCUGGGUUUAGAACACUUAAUGGACUGAAUUUAUUUUUCUUUUUUUAAAGGCAGCGGUGCUUCUAAGUUAAAAGUUCUUAAACUGUAAGUUCCUUGGGAUGUCCUUUUUGGACAAAAAGGUGACUCAUAAACAACGAUGUAAAUAAACGAUGAUGUCAAUAAAGACUUUUCUAAAAAGGGAAA